AUAAGCGCACGUACAAAAAUGAGUUCAAGUGAGUACCAUAACUCUGAAAAUGAAGAGGCUGAUCCCUUAAAGAAAAAAAAAUUAAAUAUAAUCAAGUAUUUAAGAAAAGCUGGACCGAAGAGGAGCAAUUUAAGUGGAUCAAGCUGGGAAAAGAUGAAUACUUUGCUAUGUGCCGCGUGUGCAAUAAAGAUAUUUCUAUUAAAAAUACUGGCAGAUUAGCACUAGUUCGGCA